AAGAGAAGCUGGCAACAUAGGCGCAAAACACCGGGGGAAAAACCACCUGCCAUUGAACCUGAAUCAGCUUCAAUAUCUUUCCGUUCUGCCUGCUCAUCUUCAGCUGCCCAGAAAAAGCCUGUUUUCAGUCGAUAGUUGGCUUUCGAUGCGAGACGUCGAAGAAAGUGUUUCUCAGAGAUCGGGGUCACCGUAUUAAAUUACCGCGCGUUUCAGGCCGCAUCUGGCCAAAUAUCAACAGAGUUGACACUCUUAAUUGUCCGUCAACAAGCCGCGAUCCACUCCUCUCUUCAAUCUCCGCCAGCGUCUCUCUUUCCACUAUCAGGCUAAGGUUGAUAAGCAGCUGCCCUUAGUGCGACUAGAACAUUUACCAUUCGACUCUGCGACAGAAUGGUACCUCUGCGGAUAUUGCUGAUCGCCUUCUCGCUGACCCAGGCCCAGGUUUAUGGCGCCGGAGCUGGUGGACCGCGUCCCGUGCGCACUGUGGAAACGCAGACGCAGUGGCGCCAGCUGGAGUUCGGUUUUCCCACGGCCCAGGAUCGGGAGAAUGCCCAGGCGGCUGGUAAUCUGGUGCCCGAGAAUGGAACUCCCAUCGACGUCCAGCCGCAGUAUCUGGCCAAUGGGCGAACUAGGCUGUUCACCACCAUUCCUAGGUUUGUCACUGGCAUACCCUAUACACUGGCCACCGUUUCUGCGACGCAAGGCAGGAAUGGUCCUCUGCUGCAGCCGUAUCCCAGUUACGACUGGCACAAUAAUAACGGCGACGACUGCGAUCGGAUCACCUCCGUCUUCAGAGUAUCUAUCACCGAGUGCAACCAGAUGUGGGUGAUGGAUACGGGUGCCAUUGGCACCACCCAGUACUGUCCACCGCAGUUGCUGCAAUUUGACCUGAAUACCGAUCGCCUGCUGCAUCGCUACCGCUUUCCGAAUAACACCUACACCCCGAAUGCUUCCCUCUUCAUUACUCCAAACGUUCUGGUUCAGGAUCCUCCACCCCGGGGAACUUGCAAGCGCACCAUGAUCUAUCUGGCCGAUGUGACUUUCCACGGAUUGGUGGUUUACGACCAUCAGGCCCAGACCUCCUGGAGGGUAGAGAACCGCUUCAUGUAUCCCGAUCCGGAUUACGGCAAGCAUACCAUUGCUGGCGAGAGCUUCUUCCUGAUGGAUGGCCUAUUUGCACUCACCAACGACAAGCGCAAUCUCUACUUCCAUCCGAUGGCCACUGCGAGUGAGUACGCCGUGCCACUGAGUGCUCUCAACAACCAGGAUAACUGGGCCAAUAACCCGGAGGCGUUGCCGGAGCAGUUCACCCUGCUGGGCAGGCGGAAAAGCGAGUGCGCCGCUUCGGCCAUCGAUGGCAGGAACAACGUCUACUGCGUCACCUUCAAUCCCAUCAAGCUCUUCGUGUGGAACGUAAAUUCGCCCUACGAAUCGCGAAGCUUUGGCAAUUUGCCGGCCAAGUCCAAUGAGCUGCAGUUCGUCAGCGGAAUGAAAGUGGUGCGAACUCCCGAGGGGCAGGAGGAACUCUGGAUGCUCUCCAAUCGCUUCCAGAAAAUCGCCGCAGGCACGUUGAAUUCCAACGAGGUUAACUUCCGCAUUCUGCGUCGCAAGUUGGAUGAUGUUCAGGGAAGCGUUUUCUUUUUCAACGACGAAGAUCUGACCAAUCGGCUUGUGGUUAUUAAGUGAUUUACUAAAUAAACUAAACUAAUGCUUGUAAAUAA